CUUGUGUGUGUAUCGGUGUCUGUCGGUGUCUGGGAUUGCCUAAAGAAGAAAUAGACGAGGAGAUUUAGAUACACUACCGUACGACGACGCAUUAUUAGAGGGAACGAAACACGAAUGCUAGCCACCGAUGACUAUGGAGGAUUGAUUGAUUGCCGCUACCGAUUUGUCUUGUUCGACGAAACGAUACCCUUGUUCGUUGGUGGCGAUUGAAUCUUAGAAGGGAUAGUCGACAAAUCCACAUCAUCAGCAAUCCUGUAGCUGACGAAGUCUACCGACCCUAUCCGCGUAAUCUCGACUUCGGCCUAAUCUAGGCUUGAUUCUAAUACCUCCAGCAUAUCAUCAUCCCAGCCGACACGUAGUCGGUUCAUAAUUCUCCUGGUCGGAGCAUAUACAUUACAUUACGACAUCAUCGCAUCGACUUCAAUUCACCCGUGACUUGAUAAUUAGGCAACCGGCGAUACAAUGGCCGGACGAAGUGAUGGCUCCGGCAAUGACCGGGACGAUUAUGGGGAGGACUGGGCUCGGGAUUUACGAAUCCAAUUCGAACAAUUAUUAAGAACAAAGCGAAUGAACGAAUUUGAACAAUCGCGAACGAAUCGAUCCCGACUCGACUCACCGGACCCCCGAGAACGAGCAUCAUCUUCUAACCUCCGAGCACCUUCAGCGGCGCCUUCUGCUGGUAGUAGUAGACCAUCCUCAUCAUAUGGCCAAGGACAUAGCCAUGGUUCUCCCGCAAUGCCACCAUCCUACUCCUCACUCCGUAAUUUACCAAAGAUCCCAACACCACCCGCCCCGCACGACCGAGAUUCGCAAAAGUUUCGCAACUUAUUAGUAUCAUUAUCAUUAACACCAACAAAAUACGAGAACCCCGGUUUACUUGACGAAGCCCUUCAAGCAAUACCGUUGGACAGGAUAUAUAGUGAGGCUGAGGAGGAGUCUCAAGUAUUACAAGCCCAAGCUGAAAGUAUGGGCGACGGUCGAAAACCCGAGUGGGGAUACCAAGAUUGUGUAAUUCGGGCAUUAUUAAGAUGGUUCAAGCGAUCAUUUUUCACAUGGGUCAACAACCCACCGUGUCCUGUUUGCAUGUCACCAACUGUUGCGAGGGGUAUGACACAACCGACACCGGACGAGAGCGCCUGCGGUGCGUUACGAGUCGAAUUAUACGAAUGUUCCAACCAAUCAUGCAGGGCCUACGAGCGAUUUCCACGAUACAGCGACGUUUGGCGAUUAUUACAAACCCGGCGCGGCCGAUGCGGCGAAUGGGCUAACUGCUUUAGCAUGCUCUGCCGCGCUGUGGGUGGCCGUGUGCGCUGGGUAUGGAAUGCCGAGGACCAUGUAUGGACGGAAGUGUAUUCGGAACACAAGCAACGGUGGAUCCAUGUGGACGCCUGUGAAGAAGCAUGGGAUAACCCACGCCUCUACACUGAAGGAUGGGGCAAACAGAUGUCAUACUGUAUUGCCUUCAGUAUAGAUGGUGCAACAGACGUCACCCGACGAUACGUCCGUAAGAGCGAACAUGCUUUGGAGAGGAAUCGAUGUCCUGAAGAAGUGAUGCUCUACAUCAUGCAAGAGAUCAAGAAUAUUCGACGAGCGAAUAUGACCAAGGAUCAACGAUUCCGACUAGAGAAAGAAGAUUCCAAGGAAGAUCGAGAACUCCGAGGUUAUGUUGUUGCUUCUAUUACACAAGCAGUGACACGAAUGGUUCCAGGACCAUCAAGCUCUUCCGCACCUAGUACUACAGCUCGUCCUUCCGGCUCUUCUUCGACCAACGAUGACCAAAAACUCCCCGCCGAACAACCAGGCCGACAAAGCGGUAACGCCGAAUGGGUUGCUGCUCGUGGAGAGAAUGGUCGACGUAACCAACAAUUCCAAGAUCCAAGAGAUCCUCCUCGAAGAUGACUAGACAACGGACUCGCAAAUAGUACUCUUCAUAUUAACAUAUCAUACAUCUAACAUCAUUACACGCCGUCAAUUAAUUAGACGUACCGGAUUUAUAUACCCCAGCAUUUAGCAUGUCGGCCGGAUACUUACACGACCCUGAUCA